AAUCUGGUUAAAAAGUGUUUAGGGAUUUUAGCUUAUGUCAGUUUGUGAUGAAAACUUUAAAUCUAGAUCCUAACAACUAACUGUAAAUCACAAUCCUUACUCUUUACACGGGUUUAUAACUCUCAUUUAGCUCUAACAGGUAGGUGAACAUUCUCAAGGCCACUUCAACGUCGCUAAAAGGUCGCCCAUAAAUUACGGUCUCACCGUACGCGUUAUAUAGAGGGAACUUUUUUUAGAUCAGCGAGCUUUUUAUGAUACCAUUCAUUGCAGCCGUCGCGACGUACUCCAUCCCUAACCUGGAAGCAACAGGUUAGUCAACCACAACUAUCAUUUGUCCUGAUGUAUAUACGUCUCUAUGAAGUCUUUGUGUAUAUACACAAACAAAAAAGGAUACUAGGAGACACACCCUUUUGUAAGGAGAUAGAAGAAGAAGGACAUUUAUGCAAAACGACCAGAAGCAUGUAAACUAAACUUCUUUACAGGAUGAUAGGAGGUGAAAUCUCGAUCAAAAUACCUUUCACUAAGCUGUCUGUACAAUCCCAAUCUCCCAACUUUGGGGGAAAACCCGAAAAUUUGAGGUUUGCGUGUCGUCUCCCCUAAAGUUUCUGUAGCGGCUUCCCUGAGACGGGUCAAAUUUUCCACAAAAUUGGGAGAUUGGGAUGAUUUCGAGAAAUAACAUCCGUUUUCCCGAAACGGUAGCGGAUCAUCCUGGUAAGCUGGCUUUAAAUAUUCAUUCAUGACAUUUUCACUAUAUGUUCUUAUGAAGUGACUCACUCAAUUGAUAAAUUUAUUUAUCUAAUUGCCGGCCACAUAUGAGGGUUGUUCAUAACUUACAACCCCUAAAGCUUUUUGUGCGAAACGGGGUUUGAACCGUUUAUUAAAAGCAGCGUGGAGCAAGAUGGUCUCAAAAAGGACCAAAUGUUAGAUGGCCCGAUGUUCAUCAUGAAUUUCGUCUCAUAUUCAGUUAAAGUAUCAAAAAAGCCUCAUCUUUACGAAGGGUUCCUGCUCCUGCAGUCCCUUUUAGCCUCUUGGAUGCUGCAAGAUGUUAGUUAAAAACCCUUUCGAUGGGUACUGGUAGCUAUCCUCAUAUUGCAAAACCAAAUCCGGCUCUAUUUAAUGGGAUCUGAUUCACCGACACAGGCAUUCGUUUGCAAAGUUGAUAAACACUCCCAAACCUCUUAGUUUAAAACUACCGAAUCCAAGAGAAAAGACAACAAAAUAACCGUAAACUCCAGAUUAAUAAUGCUCAGCUUAUCGAAUCUACAUCCCGCAAUAAAACAGAUUUGCACAGCCUAAAAUUUUCUAACCAGCAACCGGUAGCAAUGGCAUAAAAACAGUUACUUACUGGUUAGCGUUUUUUAGCGAGUUAGUUUUCUACGGGAUGGGGUCUCUAACCCUAUGCCCAACCCUCCUCCUUUAUCCGAGCUUGGGACCGGCAGUAGUCCCAGAGAAGCUCCAGGCGUAGUUAAAAAACUGGUCUUUUGAAAUUUCGUGAAAGAGCCAUAGCCUCAUUAAAUGUUCUCUAUGUAUCAAGUCCCCUAAGUUUCAGACAGGUUCAGAAGUAAACUCAACUGGUACCUCUGCCCUGUGAAGUUGCAAGCAGUAACAACCCGAUCUCUACACAACUUGUUCACCCGACCUUGAAGGUGUUACUCAACCCUAAGCCCAUGCGCACAGUCAUGGUCGACAUACACAUGUAAAUCCAAAGCAAAUCGCAGGACGUUGAUCCAGACCGCCUCAUGAUUAAAAAAAUCGAUCAUCAGAAUAAAACCAAGCAGUAUGUGGUUAGUUGGGGAGUCACUCAAGAAGUAUCCUGACUCGUACACAGGCAACUCAGAAUUUUUAACUAUAGUUCACGAUGUCUUUGAACUAAUAGCUUAGUUUGCAGAAGUUAAGCUGCCUCAUGACAUUGAACAGUGGUGAUAUAUUUCGAACGGACUCAACCUGAUCAGUGAGUGUGCCAAUCAAGUCACAAGACUUCCCAUACGUCUAUGUACUUGUUCUUCUUUUGCCUUACAAAAGGUUGUGUCUCCUAGUGUCCUUUUUGUUUGUGUAUACGUUUCUAGGACGUCUCUUCACAUAAAUGGUGAGAACAAAUGGUAGUUGUGGUUGACCAACCUGUUGCUUCCAGUUAAAGAAUGUAAUACAUUGUGACGGCUGCAAUUUAUGGUACCACAAAACACUGAUUGGACUAACUCCUACCACAAAUAAAUUGUGUUGCAGAUCGGUUUCACGAUGUUCGUGCAAAGUAUGUUGCUCAUGAAAAUCCAUCUGUCAAAAUGCAAUCAAGGUGCUGAAAAUUGUACUCGCGCUUUUUGACGACGUGAGUGAUCCAGAAGACUCUGGUCUAUCGUGUACAACAGAUCAUGUAGUUUUCAUUGUCGAUCUAGCUUUGAAGCUUGACAUCAUAGUUGCGAAAUCGUCACCUGCUAAAAAUAGGGAAUCCACUAACCUGAAAGUGACCUCUACAAACAAAUCAAAACGCACGACAAAGCGUUUCAACGUCAAAUAGAAUCACAAAUAAAAGGUCUUAAGUACUCCGUGUCCAGUUGCAGUGCAAAUCAACCCGAAUUAGAGCUCCAUCUCAAGGACGCUAAUACAUCUCAAAGGAACAUUCCAAACGUGACAGCUUUAACGAGUAGGAUGAAGUUGCUUGUCGGAAGGCACUUAGGAAAGCCGUUGAGUAUUAUUGUCCUAAAGCAGACUGCUUUUACCAUAGAUACAUUCGUGGGAAUAUUAGUUUAUACGUGGAUCAUUAAAUAGGUCAGGAAUGCUUCUUAAAGUUAUUUCAUAUGGCUCUUAUGAUAUUGAUGCAAACUAUCCUUAAGAGUCGGUAAAACGUCUCGAAACAACAAUCUAAGAACACCAUGAAUAAAAUCCAUAGCGUUUUUAAACGAUCUAGGAGCGACUGUUAUUAAAUGAUUCAACAAUUAAGUGAUUUGAUUGGGAGUUUAUUUGGAAUAAAGAAAAGAAGGAAAAAUCUUUGUGGGAUUAUCUUUCACAUAAAAUCACCAUCUAAAAAUCAACCAUUUCGCCCUAUUUUACUUCUAAAUCAUGUCGUUUUUGAUAAACAAUGUCGUAAAAGCUAUUAAGUAGUUAAAAUGCCUCCUAAUCCAGCAGUGGACAAGCAAUAUAUCGUUGAAAGUACAAAGAUGGUAAAACCUAAAAGUGAAAUGAAUAAAUGGGAAAAAUGGAUAGACAUUAACUGUAUAUCAAAGAUUUAUAGGAAAAUAUAAAAUUCAUCUAAGUCAUUGAUUCAUACCAAGAUGUCACUAAAAGUCUUCUACUGUUAGACGAUAAGAUAACAUCAAUGCCUCAUUCAAGUUAUCGAUGAAUAUUCGGAAACUGAAUAAUUUGGGGCUAAGUGAAUUAUUUCCUUUAGCUGCUAGACUUAUUAUAAUAUUGACUAAGAGUUUGUAUGGGGCAUUUAGUUUGAACGCUUAUCUCUGCGAGAUUGUGUAGAAACAAUAAAAGCAGUCUUACUCAGAAAGCCGAAUGCGUACAUAUUGAAGAUGUAUCCAUCGUCCUUAAUGUAUGAUCUGAAAAUUAAUCAUGGGUCAUCUCUACAACAGAUAGAUUUCGUGUCCAUAAACUUCAUUAGGCCAGGCUGUGCAAUAAAUCAGCUAAGCUAGCUACCUACUUAAGAUGAUGGUAUUAUAAAUAACAUACUUCAGAUACUUCUGGCGGUAACGGUAAUUAGCAUGGGAUUAGGUUGAAAAAUGGAUAGAAUGGGGUAAAUAAAAACCCAUUUAACCCUUAAUAUAACUCACUAUGCGACUAAGCCUUGUUAAUUUCAUGCUUUUUGUCUGGAGUCCCAAUGAUAAUCGCGAAUUAUGGUCGUAAACCUCAUCGCAGAGCGAAUUUAAGCAUAGAUUCUUGGUAGUUUUGUAAAAGAUGGUGCAAAGAAAAUGCCGUAAUUACGGACGCCAAUCUCUUACCUUCCAACUGCGACGUGGAGAGCCUAUAUUUCAUCGCAUAAUAAAAAGAUAAUUACAUGCUGUGAGUCGCGUAGCCUUUAUACGGUACUUAACCUAUACUAUCACCAUCCAAUUCUUGCACAGCCGUUUCUAGAAAACUAUUGAUGAUUGUGCCUACAUUGAACAAUCUUGUCUAAUUUGACUGAGGGUUUAGAACAAUGAAAACAUGUUUAAUUAGGACAUCUGGUAUAUCAAUAAGUCUAGACAUAACCCUCUGGAUUAUAAUCCAUCAUCACAAGGUUGUUCAACAAAUCAAAGGCAAGUGCAUCAAACAGCCACUCUUAUGUCUACACAUCAAUGCAGACUAGGUGGUUGGGGUCUGUGUGAUAAUUGUGGCCACUACUUGUAACCCGAAGUCAGCUGGAAAGUAUUUGUUUUUUAUCUUUUGCUAGAUAUUGAGCUUUAAUAUUUCUUCUCAGAUAUCUCAUUUAUUUCCAUUGAACAAUACUCUCCAUGUCGAAUAUUAGAUAAAAUUAUUGAUACUACUAUUACUUUGACUCUUUAUCUUAGUAUUGAUGUACCAUCAUCUUACGGAUCAGUGUAUAUUUGUACAUUAUCAGCGGUAGAUAGUUUAUUUUGUAGUCUUACUACCAUAAUUCCAUUCUUAACAAUUCUAUACCCCUGACACCUAUAAAAGUUUUUUUUUCCCUAAUGAAUUGUACCUUAUAUCAUGUGUUGAUCGAAGCAAGACAAGUAUUUUCCAUAAAUAUCGACAUUUCAUCAAAUUUGUUCAUCCCAGAAAAUUCCACGUCGUGCAUUAUUUGCCAACUCUUGGACUGGUUGUAAAAAGCGGAGAGGUGGUCAGUGUAUGACAUGGUGUCGUGGUAUGAAAGAAAGCUACAAAGGGAUGGCUUCUGUUUGUCCUUUACGACUCCCUGGCUGGGGUCCUAAAGAGAUGGUACAACACAAUGACUAGAGACGUUAUCAGAUAUGGCUCAGAAUAGAAGCCAGUAGCGAUCCUGCUGUAACCUUUUACUUCAUUAAAAAAAGAAUGAUUGUUUCUUCCUUCACUGAUAGAUUUCUUCCGAUUGUACCUUUCCGUUUCCCCCAUUAUUAUUAUUGUUAUUAUUAUUAUUACUAUUACUAUUAUUAUUAUUAUUAUUAUUUAUUAUUAUUACACUACCUUACACUAAUCUGUGGUCGUUAUUGUUCUUCUUUUUCUUUUCUCUUCGAAUUCUCAUUGUUUCGUGUGGCGCAUAUCUAUUUUUUAUUUUAUUUUAACACAUAGAUAUUGGUACAAAGAGGCACCAAAUACAUAUGCGACACACAAAUCUCAUUUGAUUUGUGUGAGGGCUGUGAUACUGCCUGGGUGCCCAAACCGAAGCAGGGCAUAUCUAUUUGGUGCCCUCUUGUACUAAUAUUUAUGUAUUCAAAUAAAUAAAUAUGUUAUGUAAUUUCAAUGGUUAAGAUCAUGAGUCAGUUGAAGCUAGACCACCAUGGAAAAGCAGGAAGCACUGGACGGCCGUUUCGUCCUAUUGUGGGACUCCUCAGCAGUGCGCAUCCACGAUCUCGCCCCCUGCGAGUCUCGAACCCAGAACCUACUGGCUUCGCGCCCGAGCACUCGACCAUUAGACCACUGAGCCAGCAUCCAACGGUGUUAAUUUCUAACUUCAACUAAUCCACGGAAUUGAGCGACACAUCCACUAUUACUAUCUCACAACAGACCUGGUUGAACUCCACUGGUCACUACUUCUCACUAGAACUCCAGGAUAUACCUCGUGAAGCCAGUCACUAGUGAGCAAAUGUUGAUUAAUAUCAGAUGGGUUUUUGUGGAGAUUGUACUAAUAUUAUGUGUAUAUAUUCUAUAUCUACUAUUUGAAACUUUACAUUUUCAGAUAUCAAUCCUUUGUAAAAUUCAAUUGUAGUAGUUGCUUCUUAUUCAUCUAGACAAUCAUCAUCUAAUGUGUAGUCAAGAAGAAGACGAAGAUUGUUCUUGUGUAUUCAAUUCAAUCAUUAAAAAGAAUGAAAGACUAUCCUAUUGUAUUAAAUGUCAAUCACAAUCAUCUGUAUUAAUAAGAAAAGAUGAUCCAUCUUUAUGCAAAUCAUGUUUUAUUCAUCAUUGUUUACAUAAAAUCAAUAUGAUAUUUGGAAAAUAUAAACUAAGAACUACUCAAAUGAAUAAUAGUAGUAGUAAUAAUAAUAAUAUGGCUAUAGCAUAUUCUGGCGGUCAAAAUUCAUCUACCUUAUUAAACUUAAUCAUACAAAGUAAUAAUGAUAAUGGAAUAAAGAAACGAACUAGAAGGAUGAUCCCAAAAGUCUUUCAUCUAAUUGAACCAUAUGAUUCAGAAGAUAAUUUAAAAUUCAUUACAAAUAACAUGAAGAAUAGUCAUCUUGAAUAUCAUAAUAUUUCCAUGAAUGAAGUAAAUUGAUAUUCUUUCUCUUUUCUUUAUGAAUUGAUUGUUUGUGAAGAUUUCAGAAAUGAAUAAAUGGGCAAGUAAAUUGACAUCUUCAUUACUUAGUAGUCAACAACGAUUUCAUAAUUAUUAUCGAUUAAAUUUAUUAAUUGAUUGUGCAAGAAAACUUAAUUGUAAAUAUCUAGUUUUAGGUGAAUGUAGUAAUAGAGUUACAGUGAAAUAUUUAUUAGAAAUUAUAGAAGGUCGUGGAAAUCAUAGCAGUAUACAAACAUCAUUCUUAGAUGAACGAUACCAAGAUAUAACAAUUGUUAGACCAUUACGUGAUUUUCUGGCGAAAGAAAUAGCUUUAUACGCUCAUUUUAUGCAUUUGGAAUUUGUUACACCCAAUGAUCCAUUAACAUCAAUUGUUCUUAAAAAUCCUAAUGUCAAUACAUUGGAAAGAUUAACUCAAGAUUUCUUAGCUACAUUGCAAACUGGUGGAUUUCCAUCGACUACUGGAACUAUUCUUAGAACAUCUUCGAAAAUUGUUCUGGAAAAUGACUCUCAAAUUACAUGUAGUUUCUGUCAUUUUCCUGUAUCCAAUACUGACUCUUCUAAUGAUCCUGACAAGUUGGCUACAAAAUCUAUGAUACAUUCUUCCUCUUUAUCUAACCCUGAUUCUUUUAAUAAAAAAACAGUUACUGGAAUUAUUGACAAAGACUUAUGUCUCUCCUGUUCACUAAUGUUCAAAGAACUUUCUCUUUGUACAUGAAUAACAAUUUUAAUACUUUUUCCCAGUUUCUGUUUUGAUACUUUUUAUCCCAAAUAGUACAGGCCCACUAGAUAAAAAAAGUGGUAACAAAAUUAAAGAUGCAAUCUCCUAAGAAAUUGUUUUCCAUAUGCUAUCUUAGUUAAUGUUUGAAGACUGGUUUGU